GAGAGAAGGAAGGAAGGAGAUUGUUCGUUCGGGCAGCCCGCGCGCAUUGCGUGUGACCGGGUUGCAGCUGCUGGCAUAUCUACACCUCAUUUCCUUUCCCCACCCCCUCCUUUUUUUCCUUCCUUUUUACCUUUAUACUUAACCACUCCCCACUCUCUAUUUACUACAUUAUGUCUGUUUACAGCUUGGAAGACGUCAGCAAGCACCAGUCUAAGGACGAUCUGUGGAUGGUCAUCCACAACAAAGUUUACAACGUCACUGCCUUUGUUCAAGAGCAUCCCGGUGGCGAGGAUGUUUUGCUCGAUGAGUCAGGCAAGGACGCUACCGAGGCCUUUGAAGAUAUCGGUCAUUCCGAUGAAGCCCGUGAAAUCUUGGAAAAGUACCUCGUUGGCGAGUUGGACGAAAAGUCGCGUACCCCAGAAAAGACCUACAGCUCUAUUCGUGCCGGUGAGCUUCCGGAAGAAAAGAAGAGUGGCUCGUAAGUGUUUUUCUCCCGGCAAAUGAACAAAAGAGAGGAAUCAAUAUCGGUGAGGAAGAAGGAAUCGUCCAGUGAUUGAUAUCUUGAUUUAGGUUCAUGCGUGUUCUUGUUCCUGCCAUUGCCGUAGCCGGUAUUCUAAUUUACAAGUUUGUGCUUGCUCCCCAAAAGCACUAAAAUCCGCUCUCUCUCUCUCUUUCACCAUACCAUCCCUAUACACAUUGAAAUAUAUUCAUAUAUUUAGAUUGACAUUUGUGAUAAGAAGCAUUAUUGUACA